AUGGCACCCCGCAAGACGAUCUACCUGCCUUCCAAGGACUAUGAGCUUCCCGAUCUCGAUAUAUUGACCUUGAUAUACGAAUCGCCCGAGGCAUGGACCACCGAGUCCACGGUUCUCCACGCCGAAGCCGCUCUGCCCUUAAACUGCGUCACCAAGGCCCAGGCAAGAGCUUACACGAAGCGACUCGCCUACGUCUUCCGCCACCACUUCGGCAUCGGUGCGAGUGGGCCCGGCAAGGACGUCGUGGUGUGCAUUUCCUCCGGCCAGAUUCUGCUCUCCAACGUCUUCUACGGGGUCAUUGCCGCCGGCGGAGUGUUCAGCGCCGCGAGCUCUGCGUUCACGUCCCUAGAGUUAGCACGGCAAGUCAAACAGGGGAAGAGUAAUCUGAUCGUCUGCGGUCCCGACUGUGUGGAGGUCGCCAUCCGGGCGGCGAAGGAGUGCCAUGUACCGCUGGAGAGGGUGUUGGUGCUCGAGUCGAUGGGUGGGAAGAGAGUGUUGCAGGAUGUCGAGCGGAAGAGCAGGAAUCUGAUCCAAGAAGGCUGGCAGAAGGAGGAGGUGCUCGAAUGGGAAAGAAUUACGGACAAGAAGAUAUUGGAGGAGAGGGCCGUCUGUCUGCUGUACAGCAGUGGAACGACAGGGGUCCCCAAAGGGGUCAAUAUCUCGCACACCAACCUUGUCUCUGAAGGGCUCAUCCCCCAGUACAUGAUCCGGGAACACUUGGCCCGCCAACGCCGGCUCAACCCUUCCUUCAAGUUCGAAUAUCGGACCCUGGCCCACCUGCCGGCCGCGCACAUCGCCGGCUGCCAGGGCUACUACGUGAAUCCGUCGAUCGCCGGCGGCCCCGUGUACUGGAUGCCGAAAUUCGACUUUGCGAAAUUUCUCGAAUACAACAAGAAGUUCCGAAUCACCCACUUCUUCACCGUGCCGCCUAUCUACCUGCUCAUCGCGAAGAGUCCACUGGUGACGGAUCAAUUUCGGACCCUGGUGCAUGCGGUUGGCGGCGCCGCGCCCAUGGGCGCAGAGCUGCAGGCCAUGGCGGAGAAGAAGCUGGGCUGCCAGAUCAGCCAGACGUGGGGCCUGAGUGAGACGACCGGCUCCGUAACGGCCAUGCCGUGGGACCAGGACGACAAGACGGGGUCGGUCAGCCCGCUGUUGCCGAACGUGAGGAUGAGGAUCGUGGACGAUGAGGAGAAGGACGUGGAGGAGGGAUUGGAGGGAGAGUUCAUCCUGCAAGGGCCCAUGGUCAGUACGGGUUAUUGGGAGAAUGAGGCUGCGACGAGGGACAGUUUCACGAAGGACGGCGUGUGGUUCAAGACGGGAGACAUCGGCGUGUGUAGGAACGGCAUGUUUUACGUGGUGGAUCGGAAAAAGGAACUGAUUAAAUACAAGGGCCUCCAAAUCGCCCCGGCCGAGCUCGAGGCCCUCCUGCUCUCGCAUCCGCUGAUCCAAGACGCCGCGGUCAUCGGCAUCCCCGAGCCGUCAGGGUUUGGGAACGAGAUCCCGCGUGCCUACGUGGUCGCGGAUAAGACCCAGGUAUCGGAGCAGGAGAUCAAGGAUUUUGUGAAACGCAACCUGGCCCAGCACAAGCAGCUCCGCGGCGGCGUGGUCUAUCUGGAGGCGAUCCCCAAGAGUCCCAGCGGGAAGAUCCUUCGGAAAGAUCUGAGGGAGCUUGCUAAGCGGGAGAGGGGAAACGAGCAGGCCAAGAUCUGA